GGUGCAUGCCGGGUAGGGUCGACGGGUAGUCUGCUGCGGGCGGGCAGUGCGCAUGCGCGCGCCGAAUGUUUAGUGUGGUUACCGAGAACACGAACAUGGAGAACUACAAGGUGUUACAGAGGCUAGGAAAAGGCGCACAGGGCUCCGUUUUCCUUGCGGAAAACAGGAUCGACGGUCGGAAGUAUGUUUUGAAGAAGGUGGAGUGUAACGAUGAGAGCGAAGCAAACAAAGCGUUUAAGGAGGCCAUGGCGCUCCAAGAACUGAAGAACCCCUAUGUGUGUGGGUACAAGGAGUUCUUUGUCACCUGGGACAAGGAGGAGUCUGCCAUGUUUGUGUGUAUAGUGAUGGAGUACUAUAAGAUGGGAGACUUGGACAAGGUCCUCAGGCAGAAAAGGUCCAAGAAGGAAAGCAUCGAAGAACUGAUCCUGAAGAAGUGGCUGGGACAAAUGAUUGAGGCUCUCGUGUUUGUUCACAAGAAGGAAGUCAUCCACAGGGACCUGAAGCCCAGUAACAUCUUCAUGACAGAGGACCUGUCCAUUUCUAUAGGAGACUUUGGGGUGGCCACAGUCAUGGGGGAUGCUAGGACCAAGACUAGGACCACUGUUGGUUCCAUGAACUGGAUGGCACCGGAGGUACUGGAGAGACCUUACGAUGAGAGGAGUGACGUCUGGUCUCUCGGCUGUAUCACUCUGGAGAUGACAACAUGCAGCUUCAUGGAUACCCCCCAGGCACAGGCUACCCUGUUUGAGAUCAAACACUCCCCACAGAUCCUGGAAGAUGUUCUGGAGGAAGUAGGAAAGAGAUACUCAGUUGAUCUAGUCCAACUCAUCAGGACCAUGCUCAGAAGAAACUUCAAACAGAGACCAACAGCAGUAGAACUAACAGACAUCCCGUAUGUAAAAGAAGCCCUGGGCCUCAGUAGUUCAGCCUUGGUGGCCAGAAAGAAGGCAGCAACAAAAGGAAUAGAAGCAAAACCAGUACCGAAGGGCAAAGGAAUCAAGGCUGUUAUAGAGUACCUGAAGGACCAAGAACAGCUUGAGGAAAGUGUGAAGGAAGCUUUGGUAUAUCUAGGAGAACUCACCAAGGAACAAGAUUCAGUAGUUGACGAGGCAGGGAAGAAGGUGAUCGUAUCCUGCAUGAGAACCAACAUGUCCAACGUCGACAUCCAAACCGAGGCCUGCAACGUGCUGCAGAACCUCGUCGUCACAGCUGAAGAUGGGGAUAUCCUGUACACCAAAGAUGUCAUCGCACCCGUUCUACUAGCCAUGAGGUCCCAUGCAGCCUCUGCCAGCCUGCAGUCAGCUGCAGCCCAGCUCAUCAUGGCUCUGUCUGGAGACGAGAGUGCAGCUGAUGUGAUCGGCCAGGCAGGAGGUGUGCAAGACGUCCUAGCAGCCAUGAGACAGUUCCCUAAUGACCAGAAACUCAUCACUAACUGCUGUGGUGCCCUAUGGAGCCUUGGAGUCAAUGAAAACAAUGCAAAGAUCAUGACAGAAGAGAAAGGCCUGGCUGAUGUGUGCGGGGCUCUCGAUGGACAUGGAGACACCGCCCAGCUGGUGGACUAUGCCUGCUGUGCCAUCUGGUCUCUCUCCAUGGAGGACGACAACAUCGAGAUGAUGGCAGACCUACAGACCGUCAAACUCACGCUCAGCUCUCUCAAAAAACACAUGAAGGAUGCCAAAGUUGCGAAGAACGCCUGCAUGGCCAUGGCCAGUAUUGUGGAGGCUGAUGUGGAAUGUGCGUACCAAAUGCAGGGUUCGCCCUUCCUUGCAGAGGAGAGCGCGUACCGUCUGUUGGAGAACGAGGGAGAGGCGGGGAUCCCCAUCGUCCUGGAGACGUACGAACUGCACAAGGAUAACCCGGAGGUGGUCGAGAACGUCUGCACACUCAUCAACGAACUCGCACAGUACAAUGACCUUUGUGAGGAACUGAAGGCAGCGAAGGCUGACAAGAUCCUGUCUGAGGCAAAGAUCAAGUUCGCUUCCAAUGAGGAUAUUAUGGGUCCAGUCACCGAGGCUCUUCGUAAGAUGGCUGGGGGCGCCUCCCAGAAAAAGGACAAGAAAGCCGGGAAGACAUAAGGCAUUGGGAACAUCUGUUCAGUAUAGUUGGGGAACAGGAAAAUAUAUCAUAUGGGAACUACAUUCUCCUGUUGUA